CCUUAUCUCUCAUAUGUCUGUCCAUCAUCCACUUGGCUUCACUGCCCUCUCAACCACAUGCUUCUUUAACGAUCAUUUCCCUAUCAUCAGCAACCAGAAACACCCAUUGAAGGAUAGACCAUUCUUGAGCAAAUGUCUGAGACUCUUAAAGGUGAUUCUUGAAUUGUUAAGAGUAGAGAGGAGGGAGUUAAAUUUGUUGGGUUGGAGAAUUGGAGGUUGGUUUUGUAGUGGGAAGUCUAUGAUAGUGUUGAGAUAAUCUGCACAGAGAGCAAUGGCUAGCAUGACUUCCCUGGUGAAUUUGGGAAGCGUUUGCAGCUGUUCUUCAGGGCAGUUUGAAGGGUCGUCUGGUUUGGUGGGGAGCAUUUCCUUUGCCAAGAAUUUUAGGAGCUUUCGCAGAAUUUGGGUUGGGAAGAGAUGGCCAUACGUGUCUGUUUGUAGGUUCUCGGUCACUGCUGAUUUUAUUGCUGAUCAAGGAACUUCGAUAUCAUUGGAUUCAUCGCCUAGAAGUAGUGGGGAUGAUGCUAAUGCUAAUGCUAAUGCUGAUCUUUUACUCAAACCGGCUCCCAAACCUCAAUUGAAGUCAGGGCCAAAAUCGGUCCUAUCAGGCUCGAGUUCAGCAGAUUGGAAUGGAGCAAAACGUAGCCCGGAUUCUGAUGAUGAGAGCAGUAGUGAUGGAGAAGACAAAAGCAAAGUAAUCGAGUCGCUAGGAGAGGCACUGGAGAAGGUGGAGAAGCUAGAGACAAAGAAGAGAAUGAAUGCCGCUAUUAAGAAACCACUGGCCAGUGCAAACGUUGAAGCAAAAAAUGGCAAACCGAUUAAUUCAAUGGCUAUUCCCCAGCAAAAUUCUAGUACGUCGAAGAGUGUCUGGAGGAAAGGGAAUCCGGUACCUACAGUACAAAAUGCUGUAAAGCAACCUCCAAAACAAGAACUAAAAACAAGCAGCACAGAGAAGACCGAGUCUCAACCUGCUGCUCCUCUAAGACCCCCUCAGCCACCUCAGAAAGUUGAACCCAUGUUGCAAGCAAGACCAUCUGUAGCUCCUCCUCCUCCUCCACCUGUAGCUCCUCCACCUGUAGUUAAGAGAGCGGUUAUCUUGAAGGAUGUUGGGGCAGCUCCUAAGCCCCCAGCCGCUACUGGGGCACCUGCAAAGGCCAAAGAACGCCAACCAAUAUUAGUUGACAAAUUUGCUUCUAAGAAACCAGUUGCUGAUCCUCUGGUUUCUAAAGCAGUUUUAGCCCCACCAAAACCCGCAAAGAGCCCUUCAAAACCUGGAAAGAGUGCUCCAUCUAGGUUCAAGGAUGAGUUCCGUAAAAAGAGUGGUGCAUCAGGAGGACUGCGCAGGCGAAUGGUAGUUGAUGAUGACCAUGACGAGGCAUCAGAACUGGAUGUUUCUAUUACUGCAAGGAAAGGUAGAAAAUGGACCAAGGCAAGUCGUAAGGCAGCAAGAUUGCAGGCAGCUAAAGAGGCUGCUCCUGUUAAAGUUGAAAUUCUGGAGGUUGAUGAAGAUGGCAUGUUAAUUGAGGAGUUGGCCUACAACUUAACUAUUAGUGAAGGUGAAAUUCUUAGUUACUUCUACACGAAGGGAAUCAAACCUGAUGGUGUGCAAACUCUCAGCAAAGACAUGGUGAAGAUGAUAUGUAAAGAGUAUGAAGUGGAGGUUAUUGAUGCUGAUCCGGUUAGAGUGGAAGAAAUGGCAAAAAAGAGGGAGAUUUUAGAUGAAGAUGAUUUGGACAAAUUGGAAGAUAGACCGCCAGUCCUCACUAUAAUGGGCCAUGUAGACCAUGGAAAGACAACCCUUUUGGAUUAUAUUCGCAAGAGCAAGGUGGCAGCAUCUGAAGCUGGUGGAAUCACACAAGGAAUUGGUGCAUAUCAGGUGAAAGUACUUACAGAUGGCAAGCCUCGAACUUGUGUCUUCCUUGAUACUCCUGGGCAUGAGGCCUUUGGAGCAAUGAGAGCUCGUGGAGCGCGAGUCACUGAUAUUGCUAUCAUUGUAGUAGCUGCGGAUGAUGGGAUUCGACCUCAGACAAAUGAGGCCAUUGCACAUGCCCAAGCAGCUGGAGUUUCAAUUGUGAUUGCCAUAAAUAAGAUUGACAAGGAUGGAGCUAAUCCAGACCGAGUCAUGCAAGAACUUUCUUCAAUUGGUUUGAUGCCAGAAGACUGGGGUGGUGAUGUCCCUAUUGUUAAGAUUAGUGCUCUUAAAGGACAGAAUAUAGAUGAAUUGCUGGAAACUACCAUGCUUGUUGCAGAACUACAAGAGUUGAAGGCUAAUCCUCACAGAAAUGCCAAGGGAACUGUGAUUGAAGCUGGUCUUGAUAAAUCUAAAGGACCUGUAGCUACAUUCAUUGUGCUGAAUGGGACGUUAAAAACAGGAGAUAUAGUAGUUUGUGGUGAAGCUUAUGGAAAGGUCCGAGCUUUAUUUGAUGACAAUGGAAAACGUGUUGCUGAAGCUGGACCUUCCAUACCUGUCCAGGUAAUUGGCUUGAGUAAUGUUCCAUAUGCUGGCGAUGAGUUUGAAGUAGUUAGCUCCCUUGAUAUUGCUCGUGAAAAGGCAGAGAAAAGAGCGGAGUCAUUGAGAAAUGAACGCAUAUCAGCAAAGGCUGGGGAUGGGAAGGUUACGCUAUCUUCCUUUGCUUCUGCAGUUUCAUCUGGGAAGCUUACCGGGCUAGAUUUGCACCAACUGAAUAUUAUUCUGAAAGUUGAUGUUCAGGGAUCCAUCGAAGCUGUCAGACAGGCUCUCCAGGUUCUCCCUCAGGAUAAUGUAACUCUGAAGUUCCUAUUGCAAGCUACAGGGGAUGUGAACACCAGCGAUGUUGAUCUCGCUGUAGCAAGUAAAGCCAUUAUUUUUGGAUUUAAUGUCAAAGCGCCAGGGUCUGUCAAAAGCUAUGCGGACAACAAAAGUGUUGAGAUCCGUCUCUACAAAGUCAUAUAUGAACUAAUUGAUGAUGUACGAGAUGCUAUGGAAGGACUUUUGGAAUCCGUUGAGGAACAAGUUCCAAUUGGUACAGCAGAAGUGCGUGCUGUGUUCAGUAGUGGUAGCGGUCGUGUUGCUGGGUGCAUCAUAACGGAGGGGAAAAUAGUGAAAGAAUGUGGAAUUAGGGUUAUUAGGAAAGGCAAAGAAGUCCAUGUUGGUGUCCUUGAAUCUUUAAGACGGGUUAAGGAGAUUGUGAAAGAGGUGAAUGCCGGGCUAGAAUGUGGAAUUGGGGCUGAGGAUUUUGAUGAUUGGGAGGUUGGAGAUACUAUUGAAGCCUUCAAUUUGGUGCAAAAGAGAAGAACACUCGAGGAAGCAUCAUCCUCAAUGGCUGCAGCACUCGAAGCAGCGGGGAUAGACCUUUAAAGACAAAUACGGGAGUUUUAGCAAUUUCGUCAAGAUUACUCUCACCGUGCAUAGGAGUCCUAUCAAUUACCGACAAAUCUGCAGUGCUCAGAGCAAAUAUGGGCUAGUUUUGCUGAUUGCUUGUCUAGAAGAUUUGAUACCGAAGAGGUGAGGAACAAAGGGUUGGCCCACAGUUGUAUGCUGUUGCAUUGUAAAUAGUGAUACGUAUAUUCGAGCUCCAUUUUGUAAAGAGCAGCACUUCGACCAUUCAUUUAUGUUGCCCAAGAUCAAACCAAUGAUAACAGAUGUAACAGUUAUACUUGACACGGAGAAAAGAAGUUCCAAAACACAAGGAAUAGGAUAUGUUCUAGGUCAGAUGCCUCGUCUUGUAAUGUUACUAGUGUUUGCCUCUUCAAGUGGUAAUUGUAUUCAAAGAGAGGAAAAGGCUCUAAUAUAUUUUAGAUUCUUUUUCUUUCUCUCUUAGUGAUUUUUCAGCCUGACAUUAAGAAUGACUCAAUAUUGAUCUGUGAAUUUCUCGA